CUUUGGUUUCGAUAUCGUUCAAGUAUUGAGCAUGUGUGUGCGCGUGCACGAGGUACGUACUGUAUCUCCGAAGUAAUGCGAAAUGUUUUCAGUGUCACCGAUUAACGCACGUUUUCUUCACGUAUGACGUACCUCACGAGAAAAAGAAGCAUACCUGUAGGAGAACGAGAAAGAAAAAGAGAAAGAAAACAAAGAUGGUAUCUCGAAACAGGCCGAUUAAAAUUACGACCGUCGGCGAUGGCAUGGUCGGAAAAACAUGCAUGCUCAUCACGUAUACGCAGAAAGAAUUCCCAACGGAAUAUGUACCUACCGUUUUCGAUAAUUACGUCGACAACAUAUGUGUAGGUGGACAGCAAUUCGAAAUGACGUUAUGGGAUACAGCUGGUCAAGAAGAUUACGAGCGACUUAGACCGUUAUCGUAUCCAAACACUGACUGCUUCCUGAUCUGUUUCUCCAUAAGUGCUCGUAGUUCCUUCGAAAAUGUAGCGAGUAAAUGGCAUCCGGAACUCAAAGCGCAUUGUCCCAAUGUGCCGAUUAUACUCGUAGGUACCAAGGCAGAUCUCAGGAAUCAAGAAAAUAUGGAUAUUGUCAGUUUUCGAGACUGCAACAAAAUGAGAAAAAAGAUUAGGGCAAUUAAAUAUGUCGAAUGUUCUGCUAUAAAGCAGGAGGGUCUCGAAGAAGUCUUUGUGGAAGCUAUUAAAGCUGUAUUGAAAAAACCCCGAUCGAGAAAGCUCUGCUGCAUCCUUUAAAAUGUCAAGUACUGAAAUUAAUACAAUUAGUUUUGAAUUAGGAAUAUAGUUAUUAAGAGUAUAAUUAUUCAGAUCAAUGUUAAACCAAAGAUUUCUUCGCGUCUUCUCUUUGUGCCUUUCUUGUACAUUUUAUAUAUUCUUAUCAUUCCUGAAGCACAUUAUUUUCUUUUUGUGUUGAGACAAGAGUUCUUUUUCAUAUAAAAAAGAUAUAUAUAUAUAUAUAUAUAUAUAUAUAUAUAUAUAUAUUUUUUUUUUUUUUCAUUUGCGAUGAAAAAUAUUUUAUAAACUUCGUUAUAAACUUUCACAAAUGUUUAUCAGCACGUCUUUUAAUUGAAUAAAUUUAUUAUAAACGUAUUACAAUAUAUAAUAGAUAUAGAAAAUCAUAAAAUCGAGAUUUUCCCAGAAUGCAACAAAUUCUUUAUAAAAAUUUCCAUUAUAACAAACAAUAACAAUAUAUAUAAACAUAAUAUAUACUAUUAAUUAUAUCUGCCUACCCCAUGAAAAAUACCUCCAGCCACAUGUUUUUGUUUAAAACUACAACGAUAAUAUAAAAGAUUAUAACUUUG